AUGACUACACCCACAUCAUCCUACAACACCAAUUCAGCUCUCCGACUGUCCACUCUGUAUGGCCUGUCCCAAAUAACCAACAGUCUCUUUAUCAGUAAUGGUGUGGCUGCCAACAAUAAAUUAACUCUAGCCACUAAUCACAUCACCACCGUGAUUAACGUUUCUGUGGAAGUGGUCAACAUCUUCUUUGAGGACAUCCAGUACGUGCAGGUGCCGAUUUCUGAUUCUCCUACCUCACGCCUCUAUGACUUUUUUGACCCCAUUGCUGACCACAUUCACAGCGUUGAAAUGAAGCAGGGUCGGACACUGAUGCACUGCGCUGCCGGAGUGAGUCGAUCAGCUGCUCUCUGCUUGGCCUACCUGAUGAAGUACCACUCCAUGACCCUGCUAGACGCCCACACUUGGACCAAAGCCUGCCGUCCCAUCAUCCGGCCCAACAAUGGCUUUUGGCAGCAGCUCAUCCAUUAUGAAUUCAAGCUGUUCAACAAGAACACAGUGCACAUGGUCAAUUCUCCAGCGGGUGUGAUCCCUGACCUCUAUGAGAGAGAGGUCCGUUUAACGAUGCCGGUGUGA